GUUGUUCUAAGCCGACGUAACGAAACAGUCGGACAAAAGGGCAAACUCUUCAACCUGUAUAAUCAUGGAUGUAUAAAGAGAGUAUAAUGUUGUAACAAAAACAUAUAAAUAUUUAUUUUAAAUAACGAGAAUGUGGCUCGCCAGGCGAUUUCUGUCUUCGGUCGUUCAGAGAAGUCAGUAUGCGGGACAGUCUGGUUUAUUCCAUCGUCCUCGGCAUGGCUGCCUCCCGAAGCUUGAGCCGCGGUACCUCCAGUGCACAAGUUGCUGGCAGAGCCGGGUUCCCGUGGCAGGCUUUGAGACCCUGAACGCCUCCAUCACCUCCACCUCAGAGCCCUGCGAUGAGGCCAAUAGAUCCCUGGAUGCCUGCUACACAUCCGAUCAAAAAGACACCAUCCUCCAGAUGCUCAACAACGCCUCACCGUCAGAGCUGGCAGGCGUCAAGCUCCUCCGAGGCCGCAAGUCAGUCAACAUCGUGGAGUACAGGACUAAAAACGGACCUUUUAAAACUCUGGAGAGUGUGGUGAACGUACCGCUGCUGAAACACAAAAGUGCUGUCACUGUGUUCAACUCCAUCCUCAACCCCGUGAAGAGGGGGAGGAACGUGAAGAUUCAGUUGGCCAAGUUUCUCAGGCCAGAGGUUGACAGGUCCUGGUUGGAGGAGGCGAAUGCAAUUGUGUCAAUCGUGUGCGGGGCUAAUAAAAUCGCCUGGGCUCAUGUGGGCCGUGAGAUGACGGUGUUGGAUUGGCAAGAGGUGGAAUGUCCACAUUUCCUUAAGGGAACAUACCUGGCUUCUGCUUACUUGAAUGAUGUUUCUGCAGUUCUGAAAGUCCUCCCCUCAGCUGACUUUUACAUAAUCGAGAAAUCCUCCAUCUCGAUGCAGAACACAGCUCUGUACCCGAUCAUGGCCCACAUGAGGACUGUGGAGGCCAUGCUGUUUUCUCUGCUGGAGCCGAGAAACUUAGCCCAGGAGUCCAACAUACCUCCAAAGGUGUUGAACAUGAUGCGUUCCGCUGUGGGGCGUCACUUUGAACUCAUGGUGGGCGACUCGCGGGCCAGUGGAGCGCGGGUAGUGCGACAGCUGAUGUCAGAUUCGAUGACUCAGGAGAUCCCGAGGAUAAACUUCCCCCCCAAUCUGCUGAUGAAGUACAGGAAUGCUUUCCAGAUGAGCAGCAAGGGCGAAGGAGAGGAACUCUGUAACGCUCUGCUCCAGGCUGUGGCUUUUUACGAACUGCUCAGGAAAUCCUCCGCUUAGCCGCCACAUGGUCUGAUCUCAUCCCAGGAGCCAAAACAAACCUGGGAGUAGAAUUCUGAGCCUUUGUGGACUUUUAACAAACAUGUACCUCUCGAACAGAUUUGGGAGAAGGUGAUGAUACAAGAUAAUAAAUAAGUUUGUUGUUACAUGAAACACUCUUAAUACUCUGGUUUUGGUAUGCUUAGCAUGAGGGUUGCUGCAAUGUUUGGUUAUUGCUGCAGUGGACCUUCAUCAUAAAGUAAAUGCUGUCAAGAUUAUGCAAUAACUUUUAGGAAAAACACUGCAAUGAUCUCAAUGGCAACCCACAUAAGUGCCUGAACACUCUUCGUUUAGAAAUGAUCAUUUGCAAAAAUUGAUUUUAUUUACUUUUCACAGAAAUUAAACGUGAUUUCUCAUCA